UGUACAAGUACUCACCCUAAAGCUUAACUUUAAAACGCACCCUCGUUCUCCAUCUUUCAACAAUAUAUAAAAAAAAUUCGAAAAGCUUUUCACCAAAUCUUUUUCCGAAUUCGGAUUCAACGUUCCACCGCACAAAUAAAAAAACACUCUCUGAGUACCUAGCCUGUUCUUAUCAGCAGCCACGGCCAGCGCAAAACGUGGAUAUCAGAAACAGCGCCUCGGUGUCUAGUUUGGCAUUAAUUUGAGAGAAUCACAGGAUUCUGGCUUUUUUCUCUCUGAGAUUCUCUCGGAAUUCUUAAAGGUGUAUCCUGGCAUCCAUCAGUAGUAUAUUUAACUUACUCGUGGACGGACUGAAACUGUAUUUUUUUGUCGGGAAAUUAAUGGUGUUAUCCUAUCUGUAUCUAUAUGUAUUUUGUUUGUGUGUGUACCUACGACAGGCUCUGAAAGCAACAACAAUUAAUAUCAAUUUCGGCUGCCAUUAAAAAUUCUUAAUUACUGUAAUCGUGUGCAUUGAACGCGCGAGGAUAUAGGUGAAUGGUAAAACAAAAGUUUUCUCCAGUUAAUGAUUGAAAAAAAGGAGGUGAUAAUCGAACUGAGGGAGUUUGUAUAAAACAGGCUCAAAGGAACAGCAGCGGAUAUUGAGUUUGAGUUUGCAACAGAAAACCAGUUGAGUGGUGUAUUGUAAAGAGCACAUGAUGAUGCUCCUUGUUAUGCGCGUCCUUCAUUAUGUGUAACAAGUGAUUGGGUGUGUUAUCUUUUCUUUUUGUGUCUUUGUUAAACUACAACUGGAAGGGGUGUUUUCUCUUUGCAUCAAUUAAAUUGCUAAUUCUUUCGCGAUUCCUUGUUGAGUAUAUGCUUAGCUUUUCUUUUUUCGGUUUUUAAUAUCUGGAAAAUAAAAAGUUUCGGUCCCGUUGCAGCCAAAUCCCAAAACAGUGUGAAACAGUAAUCUCAUUACGGCUAAUAUAGUUAAUACAUCUCCAUUUCUUGAGUUUUAAUUGCUUAAAAAGAAAAAAAAAAUUGAGCAAAUCGCUUGUUGUAUGCUUUUUAUCCAGGAAUAAUGGAACGCAUUUCCAGAUUUUUUUUUGGAAAAAGUUAGCUCCUCAAUCUUCAAUUGAAUUAAAUUUUAGUGAGAUUCUUGUUAUAUCGUUUUUAUAUAAUACUUUUGUGUGCCGUGGUGGAAUAGGGAGAAGAGGAGAAAAAUGAAAAUGAAUCAAAUACAUACAUAUCUUCUCUACAAAAAAAAAAAUACUCAACGUGUGAGUAGGAGCGCUAAGAAGCAAUAAUCGUGAGUUAAAAAGAAAAGGCGAAACGGUUCGAAAAGUAAAAAAAAAAAACAUGAACAAAUCUGCAUAAAUAUUUAUAAAAUAAAUGUAUUAAUCAUUUGGCGCGUAGUAUAUAUUUUCUGUGAUGUGUUUAUGUGCUUAAUGUGAUAGGUAUGUUUUCUUCAAGGAUUCCCAAAGUAACACAAGCGCUUGGUAGCUAAACUAACCCCAUAAUUUUCGCUUUUUAUAUGGAACAUUAUUAUCAAGUCUCACUAGAAGACGGAAACAGUGGCGGAAUGUUGACAAAAAUAUAUCUAUUUUAUACUCAUGGCUGGGUUUAGCUACGCAUUUCUUACUGACUUCGAACUCGAAUAAAAGAAUUUUAAGUACAACAUCAAGGAAUGAAGAAUGUAUAUACAGAUAUUUCAUAGCUAAGGCUUAAUUAUUGUAAUACAAAAGGAGCAAAUUAACUAUAAGAAAGAUCAUAUAGAAAUAAUGAAGGAUGGCUGUUGGGCGCCAUUUUUACAAAUUUCCACAACUAUUAGCUAUAAUAGGGUGAUUCUAUCUUGGCCUCGGACCUAUCCACAAAAAGUUAAUCAAACUUGAAUUGAAAAUUGCAAGGCUUUGGGAGGCGAGAACAAAACAUUCACAUAUUCAUUCAAUACGACUGAUUGAUAUUAAAAAAAAACAGAUCAACAAGACCAUCCGUCCCUCAUAAAACUUUGCCAGUGGAGAUAAAUCUUUUCAACAAUAUGUAUAGCAAAAAUAUGAACGGUGUUAACUCAACUGCUGCAAUGACUGCAACGCCAGUGAGGGUUACAACAACCACCUCACAGGAGUUUUUCAAAACGUACCACGAUUUUAGCCCGUGGAACCAAACGGACCCGUCAGCAUCAACAAAUCUAACAUCCACACCCUUCUUAUGGUCAUCGUGGCUAUCGACAUUGUCAUCAACGGGCACCUUCGGUGGAUUGUUUGAGUACAAUAGCAGCGUGAGUAACAGCAGCUUAAGUAAUACAUCGAUUAUCUAUAGUUCUGUACUGGAGGACCAGAACAUUGAAAUCGUCGAUACUACUGGCAGUGGCGGUAACAUCUAUGGCGAAGAUAUAGCUUCGGUCAACAGCGCAGAAACACCAACAGUAAAUAGUGAAUCUGAUUAUACAGCGGGAUUCAUUGAUUUAAAUGGCAUCACGGCUGGAAUUGGCGAUUCGGUGUCGGUACUAACUGAAAAUGAAAAUACGACGUCGUCGCUUCAUCGGACAAGUAGUGAUGACAACGCGGGUGGUGAAAGUGAUGCGGAUAAUAAUAUCGGUAGUGUUAAUGAAUUCAGAUCUAAUGGCGGUGGUAGUACUUUUAUGUUAUUAUUAGAAGAUUUUGGAGAUUAUUUUUAUAAUUAUAAUGGUAGUGCGGUUUCUGGAACAACUAUGAGUAGUGGUUUAAAUUUCACGGACUUAGAAUAUCGAAAUAAUUGCACAGGUAAUGCAACAUGUACGGAUUUAAUUGAAGUUUACCACAAUUAUUGGGCGCUGAUUCUGAUUCUGUUUCCAUUCUUAACGCUGUUUGGUAACGUUUUAGUUAUUCUAUCCGUAUGCCGUGAACGUUCGCUUCAAACAGUGACCAACUAUUUCAUUGUAUCCUUGGCCAUAGCUGAUCUUUUGGUAGCUGUUGUGGUUAUGCCGUUUGCAGUUUAUGUGUUGGUGAAUGGUAUCUGGGCGCUGCCGAACGUCAUUUGUGAUUUCUAUAUAGCAAUGGAUGUGAUAUGCUCCACAUCAUCGAUUUUUAAUCUAGUUGCGAUUUCGAUUGACAGAUAUAUCGCAGUUACUCAACCAAUAAAAUACGCUAAGCAUAAAAAUAGCCGCCGUGUUUGUUUAACAAUUCUUCUAGUUUGGGCGAUAUCAGCGGCAAUUGGAUCGCCUAUAGUUUUAGGAUUAAAUAACACUCCAAAUCGUGAUCCUGACUUGUGUAUAUUUUAUAACACGGACUUUAUAAUGUACUCAUCGUUGAGCAGUUUCUUAAUACCGUGUAUCAUAAUGGUUUUCUUGUAUUGGAGUAUAUUCAAGGCGUUACGCAGCAGAGCUCGGAAGCAGAGAGCCGCCCGUAAACCUCAUUUAUCUGAAAUAACAUGCGGGAGCGUUAUAGAGAAUAUAGCACAAACCAGGAGGUUGGCAGAAACAGCUUUAGACAGUAGUAAAAGUGCGAGUCGCAUAGUGCCUGAUGAGCCAGCAACGAAUACAGCAUCUGGGUCCAAUGAAGAGGAGGAUGAAAAUGCCAUAUCACCCGAUAUCGACGAUUGUCAUGUUAUUGUUAACGACAAAUCUACAGAAUUCAUGCUUGCAACAGUAGUGGAAGAAACUGGAAAUGUAGUAGCUCAGAUCACAACACACCCGCAACUUGGUAUAGCGGACCCAAAUGGUAAUCAUGAUUCUGGUUAUGCCCCCUCAAACGUUGACGAUGUCCUUGCAGGCACAUCUGGAAAUUCACCGCCCGAUAGCCCCAUGCCAAGUGGGAGUUUAAAAAAGUCGAAUUUCACCGGCAACCGUUAUGGUAUAGAUGAUUCACAAAAGAGCGAGUCUGCACUCAGUGUGGCAAUGAAACCUUUGUCCUUUGGUCGCUGCGGAGCAGAUGAAGCGAUAACAUUAGCACGCAACGAUUCAACGUUAUCGGCGACAUCGAAAACCUCAUCACGUAAAAAUAAAAAGAGUUCACAAGCUUCUAGGUUCACUAUAUACAAGGUUCAUAAAGCGUCAAAAAAGAAACGAGAGAAGUCUUCAGCUAAAAAAGAACGCAAGGCGACCAAAACUUUAGCUAUUGUCUUAGGUGUCUUUCUAUUUUGUUGGGUUCCUUUUUUUACCUGCAACAUUAUGGAUGCUGUAUGUGGCAAGUUAGAAAAAGAUUGUCGACCUCCAAUUCAAGCGUUCUUAUUUACCACAUGGCUUGGUUACAUGAAUAGCUUCGUCAAUCCAGUUAUUUACACCAUUUUUAACCCAGAAUUCCGUAAGGCAUUCAAAAAAAUCAUGCAUAUAGGAUGAUUUGGAUCAACAAUAAUUAUAAGAGCUAUUAAAGUAAACAAAAUAUUUUAUAGAUAUUCUAUACUGUAAGACAAGAUUUUAAAUUUAUUUCAGUGAAUUCAUUAAUUUAUAAUAGGUUUAUAAAGAAAAAUGCUCAAAAAAAGUAUCCGUUGAAAUGAUAUAUAAAUGAUACCUACCUAUAGGGGGAAACCAGGAGACUUGAGCAUAUUGGAGACAUGAGCCACUCUAAAUAAUUCACGUAAAUACAACUCAAAUCAUUCCAUCCCACGAUGUUCUACUUGCACACAAAAAUAAUUCUAGAUCCUACACUGACUUUUAGCCCAGUCGAAUUAAACAUUUCAAAUGGAAAAAAAUAGAUGGUGCAAUUUUUUUCAUAGGACAGUAGAGGGGAUCACUGAGAGCUUAAAACCAGUUUUUCGGGAAAAUCAAGCUUGUGC